UGUUCCAAAACCGAAAGAUCGCGUAACACAAAAAUAAAAUAAAAAAAAAAAGAAAAGUAAAGAAACUGUUGAUUAUUUUAUGCGUCGAUAGUUUUGCAGAGGAGGGGAAAAUAGCUUCUAUACAAAUUUGAUUGGACGAUUAGUAUCGUUGCUUAAGGAUCCUUUUUACUGAGGAUAAUUCUUUUCUCCAACACCGGUCAUAUUAUGCACGGGAAGAAAUUGUUAAAAUCACCGGUAUUUUGAAGACAGGCAUUGCUUAUAUAUUUGCUUCUUUUUCGAUGUCACUUUAACUUUAUCCAAAAUCUUAUUUUUUCAUGGUCUAUAUUUCUGUAUUAGCAUUUUUAUAUUUCACUAAGCAGUCAUCACAUGAACAAGUUCAACUCUACGCCAUGCUAAAUAUUGACUCUUAGAACAGCUUUUGACUUCAGCAUGGAUACAUUCGAACAGUCGAGAAAUUCAUGGAUUAAAAAAGAUAAUCGUAAACAUAUAUCUGAACGUCACAAGGAUAUGUAUGAGGAUAUUUUAGAUGACAGGCGGUCUUCUAGUGAUUUUCGAUGGGCCACAAGAACUAGGGAAGACAUUCCUGUUUACUGUUUCAAUAAAUCACGCAGCUCAGCUGAUAUUAAAAAGGAUGUUUUAAAAAGUAAACGAGUUCAGUAUAUAUUGGAAAAGUUGUCUCAGGAAUCUGGAACUUCAGUUGCAGAACUUACAAAUCAAGCUGCUGUUAUUUUAGAUGAAAUGGCUCAUAACAUUAAUAUGGUUUCUAUUCGGAGUUUUGCUUUCUUUCUUGUAAAAGUGUUCAAGCAACUCUUUUCUCAUAUAUAUGUUAAUGAAGAUGGUGUUCAACAGGUACGAAACCAGCUGAAAGAAUACCCUGUACUGUUGAUGCCCAGCCACAGAAGUUAUAUAGAUUUCUUACUAUUAUCUUUUAUUUUUUUCCACUAUGAUUUACCACUGCCUGCUAUUGCAGCAGCUAUGGAUUUUACACUAUUAAUAGAUGAUCUCUAUGAAAAGUAUGUUUUUCUGGAGAAACUUUUCAGCAGAGAGUUUAUCUUCCUUCCAGGAAAUACUAAACAGGAUUUUGAACAAGCCCUAUUAGUUUUAGCCCAUACUUGUGGAGUCGUACUACAAGAUGAAGUUGUAUUGAUUAAACCAUCAACCAAUAAAUAUACAGUAUUCUUUAGCCAUAUGUUUGAACCAUUUCUGAUGGGAUAUUGGGUUCUGUGUCAGCAUCUGCUGUCAAUGCCACAAGUAGGUCAUGGCAAAUUGCUUGCUAAACCCAUACAAAUGCUGGCAAAGGAAGCCCAGAUGAUUGCAGCUCGAUUACUCCGUGAACAAUUGAUUAAACAUCCAGAAAUACUGUCUCUUAACUUACUUAAUAAUGGACUCAUAGCUUUGUACAAUAUGGAUGCUCUACAUAAAGAAAAAAGGGGUGGAAAUGUGUAUAUGUCACCAAAUACUGUCGUAUUAACAAAAAUUACAGAGAAUAUUGCUCAACAGAUUGAAGUUCCAACUGUACCAGUGGCUAGUAUCAACCUUGAUACUAAGACAGUUGUUGUUAAUGCUAAAUUAUAGAUCCUGUUACUGUUUUGUUUUCUUCUCAGUGGUAAUAGAAACACUGAUAACUAUAUAAUAUCAAAAAGAUUUCUUUUUAUGUUUCAAAUAAUUUUCCCUUUUUAUGACUUCCUUUGUUAUAUACAUGAAUUACUUCUAGAUGAUGGAUAUUUAAAUAAUAUUUAAAACAGUU